CCUGAAUAUAUCUGAACUGCCGUUCAAAAGUUUGAGGCUGCAGUGAAAAUGGCAGUUCAGAGGCAUGUUUCUUCAGAUUCUGGACCUUGCAAAGUUGACAACCCGUAUAAAUGUGAGAUAUUUUGGGAGAGAUUUCACCGCAGACAGGAACCACUGACCCGUAGCGUCUACAGUUCACUCAGACGGAGCUGCGCUGAGGAUGUGCUGGAGUCACUUCACCUGGAACCAAAGAAUCUCAUCACGAAUUAUCUGGGACAAGUAGACGAGGCACCAAAUGAGAAGAUCUCUGAAGUUGAUGACGUUCUCGUUCACGAAACCCCUCCACAUUCUUCACAGGAAAACGAGAAAUUGGUACCAAAGUGGCCCCGGUCGUGGAAGAGAGAGGACACUGUUCUUCGAAAACACUUGUGCCGCACAAGGCAGCACGUUCUUGCAGUGAAGCAGGGUCGCAGCUACUUUCGUCUCCUUCAGAAGGAGGAGCAGGAGGCGCAGGAGGAGCAGCGGAGAGAAAGACAGAGGAGGGAGGAACUGAGACGAACCAAACUACGGCCUCCCACUCGCUCCGAUUCAGAUGAGGACAGUGAUACUGAGAGGUGGUGUGAUGUUGUGGCAACAUCCUCUAUAGAUUGGAAACCCAACAGGAGGAAACUUCGGGCCGCUCGUCCGUUUACCCCCAUCCACAGAUCACUGAUCUCAACACCUCCUCACCUACUACCAGGCGAGUGUGUAUAUCGUCAGUUGUGCUGUCUGAAUUGGCUGCUGGAGGCACUGACUCUAGAACGGUCUGGAAGAGCUGGACCUGUAACGUCUUGUUGGGAUGCCAGGGACCCUGGAAUGAGCAGAACCACGAUAAAGAGACUGAAUAAAGAAAAGGCAAUAGAGGCCAAGUGGGAGCAGUUUAUCGCCCCGCCGAAGACGCGGCAUCUCACAUCCAGACCAUUACGAGUUUCUUCAGGGAGACAACAGCUCUGGAAGACCUCCGCUCUCAGUGUGCUUUCCUCCUCAGUAACGGGGUCAUCAGCGGGCAGCUUGUUGUCUUUGGCUCCGGCUCCAGAUCACACCUGUGAUGAGUCUGUUUACACCAAGGCCAUGGAGACUCUGAGCGUGCGAGAAUCCGAUUCUGAUCCUUCGUCAUCAGAAUAUCUCCAGAAGUUCCUUCAAGAAGUGUACCAGAGUGUUCUUAAAACCUGCUGUUAUUGUGAUAAACAACUCACAUCCGCUUCAGACAGCGAUACGUCAGUCAAAGUCCAUCCUGAGAGCAAGACACAGAAAAACACAGCUGGAGAGAAGACGGGAUCUCAGAGAGUGCAGAGUUCCCCUGCCACUGCCCAACUCAUCCACAAGAAGGAAGUCAUGUUGUGUGGGAUGAAGGCAUCUUUUGUGGACAUAGCAGAAGAGUUAACACUUAAUUUAUCUGAUGCUCUGGACCGCUGUGCGAAGAAGAGAUGGGAUUUUGGAGUCCAGAGGUACCGCUGUCUUUGUAAUAUGCUGUCCCGUGGACGAAUCCGUUCUGCUGUGACCUCCGAAACAUCUGUGGUCUCUCCAAGAGCGCCAGACUCAAACAUCCCUGACAGCACUGAGGAUCCAUACAGCACUCAGUGGCUCUCAGCGUUUCUCAGUAAUCUGGCCUCCAUCAAACACUCAGACAGGAGGGUUGCACGUUUGUUGGAGAAACUGAGUCGAUUUACAGAUGGCCACGCUAUACAACUCCACCCACACAACUUUCUGAGGAUCUUAACCUCCCUCCAGCCGUGGGAGCUCUGCUGUCCUGAUCUGUGUGUGGCUAUAGAGAUAGUGAGGCUGAAUGUGGUGAAGAUGCCCAAAGCAGAGUACGACUCGUGGUUACACAGCAGAAUCAACCAAUCACAGACCACCAAGAGUGCUGCACAUAACCUGUAAUCCACUCUCUUUUGCCUUUUUACAUUUUUUUUAAAGCGGUCAGGUGAUCUAAGUAAUAUGUUACUCCAAAAUCAAGAGUACAAAUAAGAAAUAAUUGAAUAUAAUAUUAUAAUAUAUGUAAACUAUAAUAUAGUAAAAUAUAAGUAAAUGAAAAUUAUUUUUGUAGUUUUUGCAUUGACAUUAUUUUUGAAAUUAUUCACUCUAUUCAAUUCAUUUUCAACAGAUCAUUAUGUUAUUAUUCAUUUCCUUUUACAAUUUUAAAAUGUCCUUUCAAGUGCUCACAAUAAUUUAAUUUGUUAAUAAUUUUAUGCAUUUAUUAAUUAUUUAUGUAUUAUAUUUAAAUUUAUGAAUAAUUGCUAUUUUUAAAUUAUUAAAUCAUUUUAAUUUAAUAAGUAGAUUCUCAUUACUGUAAUUUACAGUUUGAGAUUUUUGGCAUUACAGUGAAGAGAGUCUAGAGGUAAACUUUCAUGAAAAUAAUGUCACAAUGCAAAUCUUGUUAGGACAAAAAUAGAUUUCAUUAUCGUUAUGCAAUUUAUUAUUUAUUUGAUUUUGGGAUAUGAAAAUAUGAUGUUCUUAACAGGAUGUGAACUUUGUGCCAGUAUGUUUAUAUUAAUUUCUCUAUCAAUGUCUACUUUCGGUAACACUUUAUUUUAAGGUGUCCUCGUUACAUGUUACAUGUACUUACUAUAAUAAUAAUAAUAAUAAUAAAUUAUGCAUAAUUACAUGCAAGUAACACUAAGCCGAGCCCUAACCAUAUAGUAAGUACAUGUAAUUAAUGAAUAUUACUCAGUACUUAAAUGCAUAAUUACACUGUAACAAGGACACCUUAAAAUAAAGUGUAACCCAUCUUUCUAACAAAAUGCUAGGCAGUAUGUCAGUGUUGUUGUGGUCAGUUUUCAUGUUCUGUCCCUUCUCUGUUUGUUCAAAAGCAUAUUUGGAUUAUAUCUCAAGGGGUAAUACACUUUCUGAGUCAUUCAUGAGUUAUUUUUACUGCCACUACUGAGUCUAAAGUCACAGUCACCGAUGGCAGACAUCCAUUUGUGGCCAAAUCGCUUGGCCAACGCAAACAGCACAAAUCCAUCUCUAUUUACUCAUCCCACUCAGUUCAUGUUGUGCUGUGUAAAAGUUAUGUUAUUGGAACUUAUUUGUUUCA